AGGGUUGAUGACUUAGAGUUUAUGUUUACUAACGAAAUGAACCUUCAGUUGAUCGCUUUUCUUCCCCUUGCCUGACGGACACAAAACAAUACUGAUACGAUUGAUAGGGCUUGUUUGUUUCGUUGUAACACCGUUUUACUAUCUGUAGACCCACCAGAAGCUAUAUUUUCGCUCAAUUCAAUGGAAAUUAUCUUCAUCAAAAGCUACCAUCUAAAAUUGUCUUAUCAAUAGGGACUUUCCAGUUAUACAGCAAUACGCGUCUCAAAUACUAUCUCUUCUCGUAGUGAUUGUGGCAAAUCAUUCCGUUGGUCAUAACCUGCGUCACCUAAUACUAUCCAGCUGAUUGAGACGUCAGGACAGAAUGGCUAACUCUUUGUCAUUAGCCGAUUUACCCCCAUUAAGCAUUAUCGAAUUCGAGCCUCCAACCCCGUAAAAGAUAGCGAAUCACCUAUAAAAGCCACCGAAGUGGGCCACAUAUGCCAUCGUUUCGUUCAGGUAUCGAUUGAAAGGAUGUGGAUCAAGCUUACGUUACUGGUACUGGCCGCCAUUGCCAGCGGUGGAUCGGCCGAACAGGCACGGUUCGACAACUAUCGCGUGUACGAGGUGUCGAUCGAAACCGACCGUCAGCUGCAAGCGCUGCAGCACCUCGAACUGAAUCCCGAUGGCUACAGCUUCUGGGAAUCGCCCGUGCAGACCAACAUGCGCCUUAGCAUUGUGGUCCCGCCGCACAAAUUCGCCCACUUUGAAGAAAUCACGACAGCCCUUGCCUUGAAGACACGUCUACAAAUCGAAGACUUCCAGAAAGUGAUCGACAGUGAGCGUCCGAAGCGCAGUCCUCGUGCUACUUUGGAUUGGACCGAUUACUACACCGUCGAUGAAAUCUACGCCUGGAUGGAUCAGCUGGUGGCCCAGAACCCAACCAUCCUUUCCGGUUCGGUGUACGGCAGAUCGUUCGAGGGACGUGAUCUGAAGGCUAUCAAGUUGUCGCAUAAGGCGGGCAAUCCGGGUAUCUUCAUCGAGGCCAAUAUCCAUGCCCGCGAAUGGAUUUCGUCCGCCACUGCAACGUGGCUGCUGAACGAGCUGAUCACUUCGAGCAACCCAGCUGUACAGGAUUUGGCCCAGAACUACGAUUGGUACUUCAUUAUGGUUGCUAAUCCGGAUGGUUUGACCUACACCAAGACCACCAACCGUCAAUGGCGCAAGACUCGUCAACCGGUCAAUGAUCUCUGCGUUGGUACUGAUCCCAACCGCAACUUUGACUACAUGUGGAUGAAUGGUGGCGCUUCGUCCGUACCCUGCUCAGACACCUUCGCUGGACCGGUGGCUUUCUCCGAGCCAGAGACGCGGGCUAUGGCUGACUACUAUGCUACGAUUGCAGACAGAAUUAACAUCCAGUUUUCGUUCCACUCGUACGGCCAGUAUCUGCUGACACCGUUCGGAUACAGUGGUGCCCCACUGCCGUCCAAUGAGGCCGACUUGCAACGUAUUGCCGCUGUUACCGCUGCAGCCAUCCAGGCUACUUAUGGAACGCGCUACACUUAUGGAAACAGUGCCAGUGUUUUGUACACUACCUCCGGAAGCACGGUAGACUACUUCGUAGGAGUUCAUGGCACCAGGCUGGGAUAUACCUUCGAGUUCCGUGACACCGGUGCGACUGGAUUCGUUCUCCCUGCCAAUCAGAUCAUCCCUAACGCCCAGGAAACACUCAACGGAAUCAUUGCCUUCGUUGCCGAAGCUAAGAUCCUUGGAUACGUCUAAAAUGU